AUGGCUCUAACUGGUGUCCUCGCUGCCUUUGGAUUUAGCAAGUCACAGUGCCGCUCGCCCAGCCGCUGGGCUCCACCACCGCCUCCUAACAUCCUCUUCUUCAAAGCCUGCACUUGGGACGGUAAGUCCAAGCAGAUAUGGCCCCUGCCUGGCUCCGCCCUGGGGGGGGACAGGCUCCCGCCCUGGGGGGACAGGCUGGGCGGCAACAGCCCGGGGUCUUACAGCGCCAGCCAGGGCGUUAACUGCAUCCGGGAGGACGUGGCUGCCUACAUCACCCGGCGAGACGGCGGCGUGCCUGCGGACCCCGACAACAUCUACCUGACCACCGGCGCGAGCGAUGGCAUCACUGUACGUGGGGGGGGCUGGUGGCACAUUCUUGAUGUUCCUGCACAGACAGGAGAGUCGCCAGCACAACCUGCGUUCUGGCUGUUGGUUCCAGGCCAGGUGCAGAGCAGGAAGUGCAUAGAAGACGUGAUCCGCUUCGCGUGGGAGGAGAAGCUCUUUCUCCUGGCGGACGAGGUGUACCAGGACAACGUGUACUCCGCCGACUGCAGGUUCCACUCCUUCAAGAAGGUGCUGUCGGAGAUGGGGCCCGAGUUCUCCAGCAACGUGGAGCUCGCCUCCUUCCACUCCACCUCCUCCCAGGGCAGAGGCGGCGGGGGGAACGGCCCUGCCCUCCCGGCAGGUGGGUCCAGCUCUGGCUCUGAGGCUGCCGCCCCAGCGCCUCCACCUCAGGGAGAGAGAGCGUGCUUGUUCCUCGUCAGAAAUCAUGAAUGUGCCCAUGUCACUUCCCGUCGCGUUCCCCUGGCUGGAGCUCCAGGGACGGCCCCGGAAGCUUCCGGCUGGUGGACGGCACUCAGUGCGUCUCCUGCCCCCCCUCCCUGCAGGUGUGGCUACCGGGGAGGCUACAUGGAGGUGAUCAACCUGCACCCCGAGAUCAAAGGCCAGCUGGUGAAGCUGCUGUCGGUGCGCCUGUGCCCGCCCGUGUCGGGGCAGGCCGCCAUGGACAUCAUGGUGAACCCCCCGGUGCCCGGGGAGGAGUCCUUCGAGCAGUUCCUCAGGGAGAAAGAGUCCGUCCUGAGUAACCUGGCCGAGAAAGCGAAGCUGACAGAAGACCUGUUCAACCAAGUCCCGGGGAUCCAUUGCAACCCUCUGCAGGGCGCCAUGUACGCCUUCCCCCGGAUCGUCCUGCCCCCCAGAGCCGUGGAGGCCGCGCAGGCCCACAACAUGGCCCCCGACAUGUUCUACUGCAUGAAGCUCCUGGAGGAGACGGGCGUCUGCGUGGUGCCCGGCAGCGGCUUUGGGCAGCGGGAAGGCACCUACCACUUCAGGAUGACCAUCCUCCCUCCCGUGGAGAAGCUGAAGACGGUGCUGCAGAGGGUGAAGGACUUCCACAUCCAGUUCCUCGAGGAGUUCGCCUGAGGCCCCGGCCGCCUCCUCGACGCCCCCACUGAACCCCUCCCAGCGACCUGCCUCAGGCCCCGCCCGGGCCACCGGUCGCUGUCACCGCCAUCCUGCCCCAGGAGGCCUCCUUCUUUGUGCCUUGACGUGGGGAGCACGUCUCUCCCGAGCCGAUGUGAAUGGGGAUGUCCCAGAAACCCUGUUUCUCUUCUUGUUUUUUGAUGCAACCAAAGUCGAGGGGACGUGGCCCGCCCGUGGGGGGCGCGUCUGGACCUGCUGCCGCCGCUGCUCCCGGGGCUCAUCGGGGUGAGAGGCUGCUCCGAGGAACAAGAGGCUGGAAGUGCAGGGCUGAACCCCGGGGAGGACUGGACAUCCCAACCGCCACGUGAUCUGUGAAAUAAAACCCUUGGUGCAGAACCCAGCCCCCAGCGGGGGCCCGGAGUCCACUGCAGGCUCAGUGGGGCGCCCCCUUCUGGCCGGAGGCAGACAGUGCGUCUCAGUGCAGGGGUGCAGGGGUCGCGGGGAUGCUGGGCGGGUGGUGGUGGGUACCGUUUUUCUUGUGUCCUGCAGGGGAUGAGUGGGUGUGAGCCGGGUGACCAGGCUCCCAGGGAGCAAGGACUCUGUGCACCCACGAGGCUUUGGGGGUGACGGGUUGGCUGGGACCUGGGACGGGGGUACAGCCCGGCGCUACCCUGCUAUCCCAGUCGUGUGUGGGCAGUCAGCCUGGUGGUGAGUGGAUCCAUCCUGCUUUUCCCCAACUAUGGUUCUCUCCCAGGGCCCAGUUGAGCCUUGACACACAGCACCCUCUGCUGGCGAGAGCAGGAACAGUGAGACACUGACCCGGUCCUAGUGCCCAAGGGGCCUCCUUGAGGACUGGCCAGUCACCCCGUCUCCACAGCUGAGCCCUUGCAAACUGCGUUUGGCCCACUUCCUGCCCAUGAACUGGCCGACGCGCCUGCCGUGCGGUCGAUCUGAAGUGCAUAAAAGUGCUUCACUUCCCGCAGUGUUUGCCUCCACACCUGCUGCUGGCUGCCCUCCCGACAGCCAGGGGGCCGCAGCACCUGUCACCUCCCCAGGCCGGGGGUGGGGCACCACCCCUUGCCGCAGCCUCCCUGGCUUAGCACACCUGGCCGGGGCCCCACCGCCCUCCAGAGAGUGGGAGCAGGCGUGCCCCCUCCCACCCCGCCUCCCCAGGGGGCAGGGAGGGAGCCCAAAGGCCAGCACAGGCGUCUGGGGACCCAGCACGUCCCAAGGGGAAAAGGAAGCAGCUGGAUUGAGAAUCUGAGCUUGGAAAGCAGCCUCUGGGGCUCCAGUUUCCAGGGCAAACUCCCUGCGGCCCCCCGAGAAAAAGGCAGCCACAGCCUCGAGGAACAGGGUCUCUGGGAACGCGGCCUUCCUGAAAAAGCUGGACGUUGCCGGGGCUCUGGCAUGGUCCGGAACCAGGAUGUGCAGAGGCGGGUCUAUUUUUUAUAUUUUUGUAACAACUGCUUUUUUCAUGGGCGGAGGGAGGGCUGGUAUUUGUAGUCUUCACAAGCCCAGUAGUUUUUUUAUAUAUAUAUCUCUUCGGAUUCUGAGUAACCCCUGACGUCUUUGCAAUGUUUACAUGGUUUUUAACGAUGCCGCCGCGUACACUUGGUUUGCCUGUCGACAGCGAAUGCAGGCCUGGCAAGGGGCGCGGGGUGGGAGCGCCGGUCACGGUCACGCGCGAUCUCGUCUCCUACAACUUCCGUCCUGGUGUCUGGUUUGGGUGCCACCAGAGAGAUACAUUGGCCAUUUGGGGCCACACUGUAAAUCCACACCCGUGAGGUUUUCUGUCCAUUUAGACCCACAAGUGGGGGGCCUGGGGGCCAGGCUGCGCGUCCCCAGGUAUGGAUUUGCGGGAGGGGCGACAGGCCUGUCUGCCCCCGUUCCAGUCUGGAUUCUCACAGGCGUCUCCUGAGCAAGGCACUGAGGACGAGAGCUCUGCUGGGAAUUUCAAAAUAAAACACUUUGUGUCAAAAACGG